GUGUGUUUUUUAAAAGAUAACCUUAAUGCCUACCCUGCUACUCGUGUUUUACCAUUAUUUAUCGAAGUAACACUCUAUAAAGACGAUGGUUUUCAUGGAGCUUCACAGACAUUUCAAUUAAAUCCUCUUGAAUGCUUCAAUGUACCCCGAGAGUGGGCAACUAUUACCAGUUCGGUCAUAAUCAAAGAUGGUCAUUGUGUAACUUUUUUCCGUGAAACGACUUGCAGAGGUCGAUCUGUGUGUGCUUGCGGACAAAUUGAUUUUUAUGCAACAGCACGUUCUUUUCUUAAUGACCAUAUCCGAUCAAUCAGACCAGAAAAUGUGAAUAGUUUAGUUAAGACUUGUCCCUAA